AAUAUUACCGUAUCAAUAAAUGUGUUCAUAAAUAAAUCAAACCGGUAUCUGACAGAAAUAUUUUUGAUCUACUCAUUAAUAAACGCGCGAUGUCAACGCGCCUAAAAUGUUCCACAAACGACACUAUUGCUCACGUGACACAUCUGUGUUUGCAGAAAAGGAUGAAGGAGAUUAUGUUCGCCCCUGAAUUUUCCUGCUAUGUAAAUUUGUAUCAUAGUUGCUAAGAAAAACGAGCAGUUUCAUUCUUUCUUGUCAUGAAGCAAUCACAAUAUUACUACAUUCUCGAUGACAAACCCUGUACACAUAACAAUUCCUAGAAGUGAUUGUAUAUUUAUUUAAGUCUUUUAUACGACUUUUUUUAAUAACGGCCACAAUUUGAAAGGGAAUAGACAGUGGUCAUCUUUGAUUUGUAUCUAUGGUGUGUAUUUAUCUUUUAUAUAUUGAAGUUGUAUCAUUGUUGGAAUGCCUGUUCAGUGUCAGCCCGUCAAGUUAAUGAGGAACUUGUUACAUGACACAUCUGAUGAAGUAAUAUAAGUGACAGUUAAAUGUUUUGUUGACCAUUAGAAAAAAAAGGUGUAAACUUACUUUGUGUAUUGACUGUUAGAAACGACUUGCGUGUUAGAAAGUAUUGAGUGCAUAUCAUACCGUUUUGGUACAUCUUGACAUUACAGAUGUGUAAUCAUAAAAAUAAACUGAUGAUUUUUCCCAUAUAAAAAGAAGUAUUAAUAUUUUCGUAGUACACGAUGAAUUUUCUCGCGACAUAGAAUAUAAAUAAUUGCGGCUUUACGUAUGAUGUCAGCAAUAGUGCCAGGCACACAUAAUGUAAUUGAUGCUAAUCAAACUUAUGAUCAUGCAAUCGAACGACAGAAGCUAUUGGAAGAUUUACUGGCUAUUGCAAAAAAGUGUCACAUUAGGUUUGGUGGGCGUAUUGAAUUAGCAACUGAAUCAGAUAUAUGUGUUACACAGUUGUGUCACAUAUUUGAAUCAAUCUUUAGUCAUGGAUUACGUAUAAAUUGCAUAGAAAAAAUAAAUUCAGCCUUAAGGCAUGUAUCUGAUAUAGUGUCUGGUGGCAAUAUAAAAUCAUGUAAUACAUCAGAUGUAGCGUUCUGGCCAUAUAUAAAAGAACAAUUAACAUGGCACGAACAAGAACGGUUUAGUGUAUUAAAACAAGUCCACACAGAUUAUGGUAGGGGCAGAGCAUGGCUAAGAGCUGCUUUAAAUGAACGUUCUUUAGAACGUCAUUUACAUGCUAUUAUUGACCCUAACAUAUUAUCUUCUUUUUAUGAAGAUUGGGCAUUUUUACUUGACCAAGAAAGAAGUGCAGUAUUGCCAAAUGUAGCUGCAGGACUUGGUAGUAUUUUGUUUGCUAUUAGGAUAGAUAACGAAGAAUUGGAUAACAAUGCUAGAGAAAAAGAAAUUGAAAAACAAAAAGUUUCACUGUCAGAACCAAUUAUAUCUACUUCAAUACCAGGGCCUAUUUUAAAACAACAGAAACAGAGAAAAAAAGUACCAACUCAUAUAAUUUCAUUUGAUAAUGAUACUGAUGAACAAGAGAUUACAGAAGCCAACAUUUCAGUUAGUGCGCCACCAACCUGUUUGAAUUCUCCUAUUGUAAAUUCGACUAAGGACUCACCAUCGUCUUGCGUAUCAGAAUCUCAAUCUGAAAUGUUAUCAAAUAAUGUGAAUUUAACAGUCAGUCAAGAAAAUUCAGACUGGGAAAAAUGUGAACCAUUUGAAGAGGAAAAAGUAUUAACGCCAGUUACCGAUUCUAGUAAUAUGGGUGGUCUUGUUCCUGUUUCGCCUUUAGAUCAAACAUUAGAUGACAUGUUAAUAGCAUUGCCAAACUACUUAGAUGAUUCAUCUGAAGUCACAGAAGCUGCAGUGGAAGCUACUGAACCAUUAGUAGGCUUAGACAUUCAUGCAGAUAGUGAAAAUUUAGAUAUAGAAGCAUUACGAGUAAAGCUUUUAGCGAUGAACGAAAUUUUAGAACAAGCUAGGGAAGAUGCAGUGGCUAGUAGGUCUCAACUUGCUCGGUUACAAAGACAACAUCAAAAUUAUCUUGAAAGACAUGAGUUACAGAUACAAGCACUAAAUAGGGAAAAUGAAUUGUUAAGGCAACAAUUACGUAAAUAUGUAACAGCAGUACAAAUGUUAAGGAGAGAUUCAGACGCCACUACAGUGUCGGAAGAGGAUCCAUCAUUAGAUUAUCAUAAUGAAGCUCAACAAUAUGAAGAAAAAUUAAUACAAGUUGCAGACAUGCACGCGGAGUUAAUGGAAUUUAAUGCUAGAUUGACUCUUCAGUUAACUGAUAGAAAUAGAUUAGUUAAAUUAUUACAAGCGGAAUUAGAAUGUCUUCGCGGUCCUCUAAAUGAAGAUGACUUACCAUCAGAACCACCAUGCCUCAUUCAUAUUUGGAUUCCAUCUGCGUUCCUUACUGGCCAAUCUUCCGAUAUACAUCACGUCUAUCAGAUAUAUGUACGUAUUAGAGACACGGAAUGGAAUAUAUAUAGGCGUUACGCGCAAUUUUACGCAUUUUAUAGAGAAUUGAAAAAACAUGAUGCUAUUGUUACUAAUUUUGAUUUUCCACCAAAGAAAACAAUAGGAAAUAAGGAUGCUAAAUUUGUUGAAGAGAGACGGCAAAAGUUACAGCACUGGUUAAGACGAGUUGUUGGAAGAUUAGCUCAAUGUUCACCCGCAUUUGCAUCUAGACCAAGCAGACAGACGCUUAUAUCGUUGAUGCCUUUCUUUGGUGAUAACCCUAAUACUGAGGAUUCGAGGAAAAAUAAUUCUACAAGAAACACAUUUUCUUCUUCCCCUCAAUACAUGGGUUUAUAAUUAUUAACGUUUUUAUAGACAAUUUGUACAUACAUGAAGCCUUUUUAAUAUAAUAUAUAAAAUACUUAUGUUCUUCUCUCUCUCUCUCUC